UUCUUUCUUUAGUGAGGCACCAUUGAGGGUUAAAAAAGGUCUAAACUCUUUUAACUCAAAUAGAGUGAUAAGUGUAAGUGUUCUUCCAGGUGGUAUAUUCAAGGGUAGAGUCCAGGCAUCCAUGAAAAAGAUGAUUUACGAGGUUGAGGUGCAUGUUGAGGGUCAGUCAGUGAGGUACAGUACCUGCGAGUGCCCAAUUGGCAGAGACAAGUGCCAUCAUAUGGCAGCCUUGUUGAUUUGGGUUGAGAAAAACGUGUCCCGCACUGAUGUGGAAUGCUCGUGGAAGAGGGCGAAGACAUCGAAAACGGACGAAAUUGCAGCCAAGCGGGUGUCUGAGAUGACACCAUCCACAACACGAGCUGGAAUCAAAAGACCUGUCACACAGGAGGACAAAAAAUGGGCACUGGCAUCUUUGUCAAAACUUGGGCGUUUCACUGGAAUGGGCUGGAUUUUGAGUCCUGAACCGCCUCAGACACUACCCAUCAAGACAUUUGAUGGGUUAGUGACCAGCCCAGGUUAUGCCCAAGCUGAGGACAAGGCUUUUUAUGUGCUGUCAUCGCUUGCUGUCACAGAUGAUGAGAAGCAGCAGAUCGAGGCAGCAACAGUUGGGCAAGCAAAGAACCCUUUAUGGUCGGCAUUUCGCAAGAAACGGAUCACGGCAAGCAACUUUGGUGUGGUCUUGGCAGCAGUCAAGCGGAAGUCUUACCCCCCUUCCUUAUUCAAAACCCUGCUUGGCCAUUACAAUGUCCAAGACGGUUCUAAAGCGUGUGAUUGGGGAAUCCUUCAUGAGCCAAGGGCAAAGCAGCAGUACACAGAGCGCACUGGUGUCGAUAUCCAGGAGAGGGGAAUGUUCCUGUCUGAUAGCGGCCUGCUUGGUGGAUCUCCAGACGGGACAGUAUCUGGUGAUUGCAUUAUUGAGGUGAAAUGUCCAUGGUCAGCCAGAACCAAGACUAUUCUGCAGGCAGCAGAGAGUAAGGACUUUUUUCUUGAGUUGGAGGAGGUGACUGGUGCCCUAACACUAAAACCAACUCACCACUAUUGGCCUCAGAUCCAGGGCAACCUACACCUGACUAGAGCUAACUGUUGUCAUCUGCUUGUAUGGACUCCUCUUGACUUUGUGAUUCUGACAGUGCUCAUAGACCCAACAUGGGUUGUUAACAUUGAUACCCUGGAAACAUUUUAUAAAAACUGUUUCCUACCACACAUUCUGUCACAGAAUUAAUUUGCAUUUGUAAUUUAU